AUAGAUAUCGGAAUUUUCGGGUUUUCUGAAUCACAAUUUCAUAGAAUGCUGCACUUAAAACCAGAAUUUUAAUAAUAAAAUAUGAAACUAAAAACGCCAGGAUGUUGGACGCACUUAAUGACGAUUGUCAGUUGGCAAUAAUCAAGUACUUAAACAUAUUCGACCGAAUCACACUAUAUGAAGCCACCAAGGGCACUUCAAAUCGCUUAAACAAGAAUGUAGCCUAUGCCUGGAAACUUCAGCUCAGCUUUAUACUUGAUUGGAGUGACUAUGAGAAGUUUGAAGCGAUGCCUAAAUUGUUGGACGUGUUUCUAUCCAACUGCAGUGCAACAAUGCAGGAAUUAAAACUGGACAGAGUAAAAUUGGACUUUCUCAAACGCUGGGAAAAUUACACAUUUCCCCGUAUAAAAACACUUGAGUACACCUUGGAUUUCGGCGAUGACUACACAUUUCUUUUCGGUGCUGUCAAUCUGGUUGCCGAUGAAGCAAUUCGAACAAUAGCAAAGCUCUUUCCUGGACUGCAUAGUUUAAAGACUAAUGGUGAUUUUCAUUGCGUUGUGCUACAGAAAUGGAAGCAGAUGCGUAAGCUGGACUUGAGCAACUGGUAUUACCAUGAUUAUGAAUACGAUUGUGUCAAAGAUAUUGCCAAAUGCCAAUUGCUUGAAGAGUUGACACUGGAUGACCGUAGGAUUAAGUCCAGCAAUUAUGAAGACCUCAUGGCGUUGCCCAAGCUGCGCAAACUUUGCAUACUGAGUGCUUCUGAGGUCAAAUUAGCCGAGCUUUUUGAAAAACGUGCCGUGGACGUACAUAGGAUUAUCUUUAGUAAUGAUCACCCAAACAGUCACAUGACUACGCUGCAUAAAAUGCGUAACGUGCGCCACUUUAACAUAAUGGACAUCCAGAAUCAUUUCUCUAUCGAAAACCUACGCGACUUGAUUAAGAUUUGGAAACAGCUGGAGCAAAUAGACUUGAUUGACUUUGAAAUCUGGUCCGGGGAGACAGAAUUGUGGCAAACUGUUGCCAGUUGUCCAACGCUUAAGAUUCUAAACAUCUUAAACACGGAUAUGAGAGAGGAUUUCUUUGAAGUUGGACGCCAUAUCAUGGAAGAGACACUAAACAAUCGUUCUCAAACUUUAACAUUGAAUUUCUACGAAAAUUAUACGCCAUACAAAGAGUUGAUCCUUCAGAACUUUAAGCAUCCACAGUUGAAGGUAACUUUUGAGCCUUUCAAACUAUAUCACGACGACGAUAUAUGUUUCUUAGAAAUUCAUUUUCAGCCUUUGCAAUCAUCCUAAUGUCACUAUAUGAUAUUUUUCCCCAAUAUGUUGGGUAAUUUGAGUUCGGAUAAUAAAUAAAUGUAUGAUGCCUUAUUAUAUAUAAGUAUAAAUUUUGACAUAUAUUAAUAAAUUAAUAUAUAAUAAUAAAUUUAAGUAGACAUACAUACAUAUUAAGAGAACAAACAUACGAACAUACCUCCAAAUAUAACAAAAUAAAU